AUGGCUGCCGACAAGACAUUCAACGUCGGUAUCAUUGGCUAUGGUGGCCACCACGAGAUACUAACAUGUGGCCCCUUUGUCUCCAGUCUCUCGGCCAAGGUCUUCCAUAUCCCCUUCAUCAAGCUGACCAAGGGCUUGAACCUCUACGCCAUCGUCCAGCGCAAGCCCUCACCCACCGACUCGGCUCCAAACGACUAUCCCUCGCUGAAGCAUUACACAUCCAUUGACCCGCUCCUCCAAGACCCCGAAGUCGAUCUUGUCGUCCUCUCCACGCCACCCAACACACACUUUUCCUUCGCCAGCCAGGCUCUGGAGCACGGCAAGCAUGUGCUCGUCGAGAAGCCGUUCGUCCCAACCUCCAGCGAGGCCGAGAAACUAGCUGCAUUGGCCAAAGAGAAGGGCAAAGUGCUCUGUGUCUACCAAAAUCGGCGCUGGGAUGCAGAUUUCCUCACCGUCAAGAAACUCCUCGCUCAGAACACGCUGGGUCGUGUGUACGAAUUCGAAACUCAUUUCGACCGGUACCGCGCGGACAAGCCGACGGGCACAUGGAAGGGCGAGUUGACCAUGGCACAAGGAGGCGGUGCUUUGUACGAUCUAGGAACACAUCUGAUAGACCAGGUAUUCGCACUCUUUGGCAAGCCUACCGCGGCAUAUGCCAAGUUCGUGGACCAGCGCCAGGGCAAGCUGGUGACUGGCGAGACCCCAGAAGAGGAGCCAGAUAGUAUCAAUGCGAUCUUGAGCUACGCCGAGACGGGCCUCCUCGUUCACGUCCGUAUUGGCGUGCUCAGCGUCGAGUCCCAGCAGCCACGCUUCUGGGUCCGCGGCAGCAAAGGCACCUAUCACAAGACCGGUUUGGACACUCAGGAGCCUCAACUGAGAUCGGGAAGCAAGGCUGUGACCGAUCCCGGUUUUGGCGUGGACACUGCGGCUUUCAAUGGCCGCCUAAGCAUCCUCAAGGACGAUGGCUCCGUUGAUGAGAAGACAUAUCCAAACGUCGAGCCUGAAACAUACCUCAGAUUUUACGAGCUGCUCGCACAAUCGAUCGCGAGUGGCAAAGAAGAGGAUGUCCCGGUACCCGCGAGCCAAUCUGCCGAAGUUCUCAAGAUUAUCGAGGCUGUCAAGGAGAGUGCAAAGACGGGAAAUGAGGUCCCGCUGUCUUAG